GCAACGGCUGGCAGAGCGAUAUGGCAUUGGAUGGCAUCGCCACUGGGGUCCCCACAGUGGAGUUCGAUCAGCUCAGCUGCGAGUUCAGUUUCGACACCUGCCUGUGGCAGAGCACUGGUGCCUCUUCCUGGCAGCUUGCGGGCGAUGCAGAUGGCCAUUGGCUGGAGGCUUCUGGGAACAGUUCCCAAGCUCCGGAUUGGAUCUUGGAGACGGCGGCUCUGUUCAACACCAGGGAGGAGAAGGCCUUGAUUUUCGACUACCAGCUCUCCGGCUCGGAGACCGUGGCGUUGGAAUUGCAGCACAAAACCUCUGCUGGCGGCUGGCAGCGUUUGCUGUUCGAAUCGGGUGACCGCAGCGCCGUUUGGCACACCGCCAUCGUCACCAUCCCUUAUGCUACCAUAGGCCUCCGCUUCGUGGCCAACAUCACUGGAGAGGCAGCUGUCGUGCGCAUCGACUCGCUCCAUGCAGCCAACACGCUCCGUGACUGGGGCGACAUCGCCUGUAGUUUCGAGUCCAAUUUCUGCGCUUGGUCCACCAGUGCGCAAGCAUGGCUGCGACGUCGAGGAUAUAAUCCGAGCUCAGACAUCAGACGAGUUUGGUACAUUUACACAGAAGCCAGUGGCAAUGAGAACAAGGAGUUCAUCCUCACCAGUGACGUGUUCCACCCAUCACCGGCAGCCCGGCAUCUGCACUUCUCUUUCCAUAUGCUUGGGAACGACAUGGGCAGCUUGCGAAUGGAGACACUGCGAAGCAGUGGCUGGACACAUGCUUGGUCACGAAUCGGAGCGCAAGGGCAGCAAUGGGGCCUGGGAUUGGUGACGUUGCCGAGGGAUGCGCGGGCUGUGCGGUUUGUGGGCACCACGGGCAACGGCUCGCAGAGUGAUAUGGCGUUGGAUGGCAUCGCCACUGGGGUCCCCACAGUGGAGUUCGAUCAGCUCACCUGCGAGUUCAGUUUCGACACCUGCCUGUGGCAGAGCACUGGUGCCUCUUCCUGGCAGCUUGCGGGCGAUGGAGAUGGCCAUUGGCUGGAGGCUUCUGGGAACAGUUCCCAAGCUCCGGAUUGGAUCUUGGAGACGGCGGCUCUGUUCAACACCACGGAGGAGAAGGCCUUGGUUUUCGACUACCAGCUCUCCGGCUCGGAGACCGUGGCGUUGGAAUUACAGCACAAAACCUCUGCUGGCGGCUGGCAGCGUUUGCUGUUCGAGUCGGGUGACCGCAGCGCCGUUUGGCACACCGCCAUCGUCACCAUCCCUGAUGCUACCAUGGGCCUCCUCUUCGUGGCCAACAUCACUGGGGAGGCAGCUGUCGUGCGCAUCGGCUCGCUCCGUGAACAGGUCUUGCCACGUGACUUUACAGAAAUUGCUUGCGACUUCGAAGUCGACUUCUGCAGUUGGUCCACAGGCGAGAAUCCUUGGCUGCGAGACACCGGCACUCUCUGGGCAACGACUGGACCGGCAUCGGCGAUUCGGAACGACUGGUACACUCAUGUGAAUGCCUUGGGUCAGCACCAGGACUUCAUGCUGAGCAGCAGCGUGUUCGAGCCGUCCGAGGAAAUCCGGCAUCUCCACUUCCACUUCCACAUGUACGGGGAGGACAUGGGCCCCUUGCGGCUGAACCUGGCCGUGGUGCACUUGCCACCGAACGUCACGGCAGUGCGUUUCGUUGGGACCACAUACUCCGGCGACUAUUGGAGUGACAUGGCGUUGGAUGGCAUCACCACUGGGCUGACCGCCGUGGAGUUCGACCAUCUCACUUGUGAUUUCCGUCUUGAUGCCUGCCUGUGGCAGAGCACUGGUGCCUCUUCCUGGCAGCUUGCGGACAAUGCGACUGACCCGUGGUUGGAGGCUUCUGGGAACCGUUCCCAGGCUUCGGAACGGAUCUUGACGGCGGCACUUUUCAACACCAGGGAGGAGAAGGCCUUGGUUUUCGACUACCAGCUCUCCGGCUCGGAGACCGUGGCGUUGGAAUUACAGCACAGAACCUCUGCUGGCGGCUGGCAGCGUUUGCUGUUCGAGUCGGGUGACCGCAGCGCCGUUUGGCACACCGCCAUCGUCACCAUCCCUGAUGCUACCAUGGGCCUCCGCUUCGUGGCCAAUGCCACCACCAAUCUCGACGUGGUGAAGCUGGAUUCCUUGUGGGCCAUGGAGUCUGCUGGAGCUCUGGCGGACGUGAGCUGCAGCUUCGAGCAGGACACCUGCAAGUGGGCAGGAAACUGGGGGCGCCGUAGCCUCCCCUCCUGGGAGCCUACCGAGACAGGGCCCGAGGCCGCCUUCCACGCCGAGAGCUAUGCCUUUGCAGGAGGAAAUCGUGAUGAGGUGUUCAUGCUCAAAAGCCCGGUCUUCCCCAAGCUCGCCAACGUCUCCUACCUGGAGUUCGCGUAUCACAUGUUGGGGGGUGCCGUCGGCAAGCUGGAGCUAUGGUACCUGAAAGCGCGCAGGUGGAGCUUGCGCUGGUCCCGGCAAGGAAACCAAGGAGCCGACUGGCUCCAGGCCAAGGUCACCCUGCCAACUGGGGUGGAGAUGCUGCGCUUCGAGAGCUCCGGCGCCUUCGGCACAGCGUCCGAAAUAGCUCUGGACGCGAUCCUCGCCUGGGAGGGGCCGGAAGCAGCCCCGGCAGAGUUCCUCAGCCUUUCUUCUCAGGAAUUCCACAACUGUGCAGUUCUCAAGGCCGAGGGCCUCCUGAAGUGCUGGGGGUACGGCGCUCUCGGCCGCUUGGGUUACGGUAGCGAAGCAGAUGUGGGGACGGCUCCCGGUCAGAUGGGCGAGAACUUGCCGGCGGUGGACCUCGGGGAGCCGGGCGUUCGAGUGACGGAGGUGUCCUGCGGUACUUGGUGCACCUGCGCAGUUCUCGAGACGGGCGUGCUGAAAUGCUUCGGGAACAACGAGGAUGGCAAGCUGGGCUACGGAUUCGUCUCCCGCGGUCUUGGAGAUGCGCCCUUCCAGAUGGGCGAGCACCUGCCAGCCGUGCACCUGGGCCCUGGUGAGGUGGUGCAGGUGGCUGCUUCACGGGACCACACCUGCGCUUUGCUUCGAGGCGGCCGCGUGAAGUGCUUCGGCGUCGGAAAUCUGCUGGGCUUGGGAGACGAGGAGACCCGUGGCGACGAGCCCGGCGAGAUGGGCUCGGAGCUCCCUGCGGUUGACCUCGGCACAGACUUUGAAGCGGCGCAGCUUGCCUUGGGAGAUGACCACAGCUGUGCUCUAUCAAGCCAAGGUGCCGUGAAAUGUUGGGGACAAAGCGACCGCCUGGGACUGGGACUUGGGGAUAGUGGAGUGUACAUCGGCGCCAGCCCCAACCAGAUGGGUGAUGCUCUGCCUGCAGUAGACUUGGGUCCCCUUCCUGCCGUGCAAAUCGCAGCCGGGUAUUAUCACACCUGCGUCGUCCUGUCCGACGGCUCGGUAAAGUGCUGGGGUCGGAAUUCCCUGGGGCAGCUGGGACACGGCAACCUUGAAGAUGCGGGAGACCAGCCCGGUGAGAUGGGCGUCAAUCUUCCUGCCACAGAUCUGGGUGAUGGCAUGACGGUCGUCCGUAUCACGUCUGGCCAGGAGCACACUUGCGCCAUCCUGCAAGAUGCAUCCGUCAAGUGUUGGGGCUUGGGAACGGACGGCCAGCUUGGCCAGGGCAACACACAGAACUUGGGCGAUGAGCCCUCCGAGAUGGGCUCCAAUCUUCCCGCAGUCCGCCUCGGCAAUCUCGAGGUGCGGGACGUGAGUGCCGGUUGGGGCCACACCUGCGUGCUCCUGGACGACGACAGCACGAGGUGCUGGGGCAUGGGCUUGUAUGGGCAGCUGGGCCUUGGCAGCGCACUGAGAUUCGGCCAGGUGCCGGGCGAUCUCGGCGUGGCCUUGGUGCCUACAGAGCUCUUUUCCCUGACCCUCGGUGCUGGCCUUCAGGGUCUCAGUCUGCUUUCCAUCGCCGGAGACCAUGGCUUUGCCAGAGGGCUGCUUCAAAUGCAGCACCACGCUUCCGUUGGCCUCGUCUGCGAUGAUGGCUUUAACGACCGGGUCGCCCAAGUGGCCUGCCGCGAUCUCGGCCUGGCCGGCGGCAGGGCCAUGGCACCCUUGGCAAUGUGGAGCGGUGCGGGGGCCGGCGCCAUCCUUGCUGACAACAUUAACUGCACAGGUAUAGAGGUGAGUCUUCGCGACUGCAGCUUCCGCGGGUGGCACGUGCACGACUGCGCUCCUCAAGAGGGCGCAGGUCUUGAGUGCGAGUCGGAUGCGUGGAGCGAGUACACCCCCGCCGGAAGCCCCGCCGGGCGCCAGGAUGCUUCCAUGGUCUGGGACAGUCAGACUCAGUCCGCGUGGAUGUUCGGGGGCCACGCCAGCAACGCCUUCCUCUACUUUGCGGACCUGUGGCGCUAUGACUGGCCUCGACGAGCUUGGACUGAGAUCCUGCCAUCGAGUGAGGGCCCCGCCCCCGGUGCCAGAUGGGGCCACACAGCUGUGUGGGGUAUGCAUUCGCGAUCUAUGCUGAUCUUUGGAGGCAGGGCACAAGUUACCUUCUACGAUGACGUCUGGCAGUUCGGCAGCAACGACAGCACUUGGAGGCAAUUGCCUGCCAUGGCGAAGCCGUCGGCACGCGCCUACCACACCGCUAUCCUGGACCCCUCGGAAAAUGCGGUGCUAGUUUUUGGAGGAGAGAGCGGCAGCCAGGUGUUGGAGGACCUCCAGCGCUACAGCCUCGCCGACGGCCAGUGGAGCGAGCCUGGGGCGACAGGAGCCGGAGCGCGCAGCCGGCACACUGCCGUCUGGGUGCCCACAACUCGCUCCAUGCUCGUUUUUGGCGGGUGGAGUGGGCAGCAUUACCUGGAUGACCUUCGCAGCUACGAUGCUUCAGCAGGCACCUGGACCGAGUUGUCAGCUUCAGGAUAUUGGCCCACGGCUCUGGCUGGGCAUGCCGCUGCGUGGGACCCAGUGUCAAUGAGCAUGCUUGUCAUGGGUGGCAUCACCAAUGUGAGCAACAACCUCAGCUACGAGUCGUCUCUCUACAACUACAGCCUCUUGACAAACUCCUGGAAGCAAGAGGGCUUGCAAACCGAGGUCUUAGGCCCAACCGGCCGUACCGGUCAUGGCAUUGUUUGGGACUACGCUUCUCGUGGCUUGCUGUCCUUCGGUGGCUUCAAUGUCUCCUACUUGCAGCAGACCUGGCGAUACGUGGUCAGUCAGACCAGCUCGCCCUUGUUGGUCAGCUGCCAGCUGGGCCGCAACUGUUCCUUCCGUUGGAAUGCCUCGGGCGUUGGCACUGUGAAACGCACCUGCUCCGACCCAGAUAUCUUGGCAGAACUCCCCACGCUGCUCUCUGAUGAAGCGGAGGAGGAUCUCUGGAUGUUCGGAGGACACGCAACCCGCCUCUUUGCCGAACCGGGGCAGCACCGCCUGUGCUGGUGUGACACCAACUGCAGUCAUCCCGACAACUUCAGUGUGACCGCGGGCUACUUUGUCGUGGAGGGGCCGCAGCCGCGCCAGUCCGCUCAAUGCCACCUAGGCAGAGACUGUACGAUUUCAGAGUGGCGAGGAGUCGGCAUCUCCGUGAACGACAGCGUCGUGAUGCAGAGCCGAUGCAGUGGAGAGCCUCAGCCCUCCACCUACUCCCAGCGGGCGGUCACCAUUUCUUUCAACGCAUCGUACGGUUGGUACACAUUGCACAUAGGCUUCCUGGGCCCAAUGGAGGGCCUCCAACCGGAAGCUUUGGAGCUUUGCUGGUGCCCCGCCAGAGGACCCUGCACUUCGGCAGAGGAGUUUCUCGUGGUCGCCCUGAACUUGGACGUCAUCUGCCCACCCGGCGAGUACAACGAAGGGCCCGGCUCCUCCUGUCUGCCCUGUCCGCCGAACUUCUUCUGCCUGGGAGGUUCCGAAGUGCAGAGCUGCCCGCCCACGACCACUUCGACAGAGGGCUCAAGCCAGCUCUCCGACUGUCUGUGCCUUCGAGGGCGCUACUGGGACGCAGAGAGCGCCAUCUGCCUGGCGUGCCCCGCUGGGUCUUCGACGUUGCAGGAGGGGGCCACCAGCCUUGCGUCCUGCACGUGCAUGCCGGGCUUCUUCACCACGCAGCUCGACAAUCCUGCAGUUUGCGAAGCCUGCGGCGUCGGCUUCUUCUGUACAGGGGGCCUGCAGACCCGGCAGCCGUGUGCACCGUCCCAAACCACCGAGAGCGACUCUUCAGCAGACGAAUCCCAGUGCGUUUGCCAGGCUGGCAGCUUCUUGGAAGACGGGCUUUGUGCCCCAUGUCCAGCUGGAUUUUUCAAGGACAGCGUUGGAGACUUCCCGUGCUCGCCGUGUGGUACUGGCACCUUCAGCAACGGCACUGGAAGCACAGAGCCUUGCAGAUGCCGACAGGGCUAUGGUUUUGACGAGGAGAUCGCACAGUGCAGACCAUGCCUUCCGGGCGAAUACAAAGCACUGGUGGGCGACACCCUGUGCAGCCGGUGCUCUACCAAUAAGACCUCCAUGGAGGGUGCCAUGUCUCCCCUCGACUGUCAGUGCCGGUCGGGUCUGGCAGCAGACGGCGAAACCUGCCGAGACUGCAGGGAAGGCUUCUUUUGCCCGGGCCAGGGUGAAGAGCGGCGGUGCCAGGAUAGCGCCACCUCACGCGUUGGCUCGAUCCUGCAGGCGGACUGCUUGUGCCUUCCAGGACACUAUGCCCUUGAAGCUCAGGGCAUCUGUGAGCCAUGCCAACCUGGACGGUACAAGCCCACGCUGGCUAACGAUCCAUCGUGCCUUUUCCAGUGCCCCACAAAUGCCCAGAGUGCCAAUGCGUCCACCAACUUAGCCGACUGCUUCUGCAUGCCAGGAUUUUAUGCAGUUCUGGAUGCAGCAGGAUUGCUGUCCAGGUGCGGCAGUUGUGCUUUCCUUCCUAAUUUGCAAUGCUUGGGUGGUUUUCACACUCAGGCGGGUAUCACUCAGGCGGGGAACCACAAGCUGCCUGUCGCCCGGCCGGGCUACUUCCAAACAGGAGUGACACUUGCAGUGAAGUGUACGGCCGUCACAGCCACUGGCCUUAGUGCUUGCCUCGGAGGGCAACUGUGCACGCAAGAUGACACAGUGGAAUGCUUUGGCAAGUAUGACAACGCCUGCGACGAAGGCUCUACCGGGUUCUUUUGUGGAGAAUGCCUAGCUGGUUGGGCCAGGAGUGCCUUCCAGCAGCCAUGCGAGCCGUGCGCUGCUGGUGCUGUUUUGCCACUGGUAGCCUCAGUCAUCAUCGAUGUUGGGACGAAGGCUGCGAGUUUUUCAGCUUUCAGUGCCAGGCAAAGCCAAGAUUCAGGUUUGCAUAUUGGGGCUGGAAGUUUGCCAUUGAAUAUCAGACAAUAG